AUGUGCUCAUCAAUCCAGAAUUGUACUUUGAAUGAUGCACAAGUUUAUUCAUUGACAAAAGAAUUUAAUAUUUUACCAUCAUCGUCAUUGACUGCCUAUGAUUGGUCAAUUGAUGGUUGUUAUUAUUUACAUGGUAUUCAAACAGUUCGAGCUAAUCUUUUGUUAACUGAUGUUGAUUAUAAUCAAGCAAUUGAUCUUUGUCGACAACAUUGUCAAAUAAAACCAGCAGUGGAGUUAUAUAAGCUUUUUUCAUAUUUUAUUUCACGUAAAAAAUCAUGUUAUUGUCUACCAGUUUUUUUAGGACGAAAUAUAACAAGAAUAGGUCUUCGAAAACCACUCAUGCAUUGUUCAUUUCUUCCAUAUAUAUACAAUGCGUAUCUUAUAUCAUCAACUAGUCCGUCGAAUAAUUAUGAGAACUUAUUUUGUGAAAUAAAUUCAGAUACUGUAAUUAAAAUUGAUGUUCAACUUUAUUGUUCAUCAACUAAUACAGUAUCGUUUAUGUACGAUCGUUUUCUUCAUAUGUGUUUCAAAGUAGUAUCACUAGAUACACGAAAUACCUAUUCAACAUACGCUGAUCAAGCUUGUUCACCUAUCCAAAUAAACACACGUGAACAAUGGAAUUAUUUGGUCACAUCUUCUUUUUUAUCGCAAACACCUACAUACAUUUGGAUCUUACCUAAUUCAACUUAUAUAUUCGAUGAUCUAUUCAAAUUACAAAAUACAUAUCAAACAAAUGUGACUUUAACAUCAAGCGAUCUUUGCAUUGUUGUUGUUGUUAGCCAGACAAGUUCAAACAAACUGACAUCUGUAGAUCUUCUUCCAUGUACCAGAGCUGGUUUGUCUAGUAAUGUACUGUGUGCACAAAAAGCAUUUGAAAUAACCGUUGAAAAUCAAGAUGAGUUUACAAUGACGUAUGUAUAUGAUUUUAUUCGAAAAAUACCCGAACAUUCAAUCAGAUAA